CAAGAGCGUGACAGGAGGAGAGACAGAGAGAAAGGGGACGUCUCUGUGCAUGCAAGCUGGACUGAAAAGAUGACAGACGCCAAAAGUGUAUCGUCCACGGAGGUGCCAGAGGGGAAGUUAAUAAAGAAGGGUUCCAUCAAGAAGAAGAUCGAAUCAUUAAGGCGAUGGAGUUCGGCUAGCUUAAAGAGGCCUCCAAGGCCCAAGGCCAAGACCCUGAGUCUAUCUUCCCCAGUGGGGGACCCUGAAGAACUCUGGCUGCAAGAGGGAGACAGGAGAAAGCUUCGACCCAUUGUCGACUCAGUCUUUGGGCAGGGGGAGUCGUCUGUAGAACGAAGCGGCGCCCCGUUGGCUGCCGCCAUGCUGGGGGGCAUGGGGGGUGCACGUGAGCUUGACACGGAUGACGAAGACGAAGGAGCGAGCGAGCGGGACUUCGACGAGCCCCUGUGCGCGCUGGUUCAGAACUGCAACAUGCUGCACCACCUAGUGGGGCCUGCUUGUAUCUUCCUCAGACAGAGCUUUGCACAGAGCCAGAUUGACAGAGAUCUACGACCAGAGGAAAUGGAAGAACUGCGUGAGGCAUUCAGGGAGUUUGACAAAGACAAGGACGGCUUCAUCAGCUGUAAGGACCUCGGCGAAUGCAUGAGGACUAUGGGAUACAUGCCGACAGAGAUGGAACUGAUCGAACUCAGUCAGCAGAUCUGUGGCGGCAGAGUGGACUUCGAAGACUUUGUGGAACUGAUGGGUCCUAAAAUGCUCGCUGAGACAGCAGACAUGAUUGGAGUCAAGGAGCUGAGGGAUGCCUUCAAAGAGUUUGACUCUGAUGGUGAUGGUCAGAUCAGCCUCGGUGAGCUGAGGGAAGCCAUGAAAAAGCUAAUGGGGGAGCAGCUGAACCACCGCGAGAUAGACGAGAUCCUGCGAGAUGUUGACCUCAAUGGGGACGGAGAGGUGGACUUCGAAGAGUUUGUGCGAAUGAUGUCUCGCUGACUCUUCACCAAACCAUUGCGCUACUGCACCAACAUGGACCGGACUGCACACCGUUUAAUUCUUCAUGAUGUACAAUAAUCUUAUUGGUGUUUGUAGUUUUCCGUUAAUUCAACAUCUCUCAAGUAUAAGAGAAUCCAUUUGAUGUGUAACUGUUGUAUGAAUGUAAUAAUGUAUAAUUUAUUUAACAUGUACUAAGAGAUUGUAAAGUGAUAAUUCAGCAGAUGGUUACUCAAAGCUUCUCUUCAGAAGUGGAUUUAAAUUUGAAUGUAUUUGAACUGUGAAUACCAUACGAGCAACAAUUUGGUUUGCAGUACAUAACAGAAGUUACCUGAUUUGUCAGUUUACACACAGUAUUCUAUCAAUCAAGUUAAAAUUAGAAGAUAAGUUACUUUAGGUGUUCAGUUGGCCUGUUGAGAUUUCCGAGGAUGUUUUCUUUUUGUAAUUUGGGUGAACUGGCCCUUUAAAAUGCAGUUUACUAUAUAAACUGCGUGAAUCUUAAGUAUUUAUUAUCAUUUACCACAAAUGUACUAUCUAAGCUCUUCCAUUCAUAAAAUUGUGACUGUCAUUACUGUUGAAUAUUGUAGUGUAGAAGGCAAAAGUGACAUUGGGUUAUUUAUACACUUUUAUUGCACAAACAGCCUCAAAAAUACAUAACAAAACUUUUAUUCAGGACUUUUGAUACGAUACAACCUAUAUCUGCAAAUAAAUCUUGCAGAUGUUGUAUAUUCAGUGUCAACUAUCUUUUUGAUACAAAUUUGAUAACAAUAACAGGAUUGUUCUUUUUGGUCUACACACCUGUCACAGGUCCUGUUUCUUUGUUCAGGCCAAAAUGAAUAUACAGAAUGUCACAAAGUAGUACUUGCUUAUUUUCUGCAACUAUAUACAUGUUUAA